UGCAAACUCGCACUCUUUCAUUUUCAAGUUUGCUGCAAUGUCUGCUUAAAAUUUGCGUGCUAUCGCUUUUAUUGUGAAAUGAAAUUGAGCCGGAAGUGUCCCUGCUCAGAUUAGCACAGCUAGCAAUGGACCAGUCUUGGAAAACAUCGUGGAGGACACCUCGGCCCUGUGAGGACUAUUGGAGUGAAUUCAGACAUUGCAAAAGCUUGUAUCAUCGUUUUCACCAUUAUUACACGUAUGGUACCACCCCAUCCUGUCAGCAGUGGAAGGAGGACUACCACAACUGCAAGGAGUGGGAGAAACACAGAAGUGCUGCAGCCAAGGAGGACUUGCAGAUCAGUGAGAGGAACCGAGUGGCAGAGCAGAGAAAGUUCACUCCAGUGUGGAAAUUGAGGCAACACCCUCCCAGAGACUGGCACGUGCCCCUGAACCAGGAAAAGCCUCAGGACUCCUGAACUCUCUCUAUUGGCUGUGUCUGUUUGGUGGCAGCCAAGGCAAAGUAAAUGAAAUUUUGAGAUUCUUCUGGCUUAAUGGACCCACUGAAAUCAUUUUAUCACAUGCUGGAGAGACCGGUCAUCAUUUAUUACCAUCUCAUACUGUAUUCAGUGAGUACUGCUGUAUGAAAACAGGUGUGUAUAACAGUGGUAGCACAACAUGUAGUGGUUAAUGGUGAGGAUGACAGCAUCUAUUCAUUCAGUGAAUUACACCAUAAUUUCUGCAAAGGCAGUGUUUUUGUGCUGAUCAUAAAUCUUUAAUUCUCCAAAACACCAAACCGCACUCACAGACUGUAAAUGAGUUUUAAGAGUAAUUGCCUUGUUUAGUGUAAGGAAAGGGCAAUAUUUGGUCAAAUCAUUCAAUGCACAUGUUGUGUUUACUCCAUAGUAAUGAAUGAUAUGUUGUGCAUCUUUUAAUAUGGGUUGAUGCUGGACUUCAGUGUCUUCACACUUUGUAAUGAUUCUGUUAUCAUUAUACGGGUAAGUUUGACCUAAUAAGCCUGUCAAUAUUUCUGAAUUACAAUACAUGAUCUGUCUUCAACUGUGGUAAAUGUGCUAUUUUUGGUGAUGCAGAUUAUAUAUAAUAUUGAUGUGUUAAUAUGACAGAAUUCAGAUUCAGAGUUUUAACCCAUACAGAGUUGUGCAUCAGCGGCUUCACGCCUACUUGAAAUUAUUCUGAAAAAAUUCAUCCAAUUUAAAAAAAAAGUACAUUUUUAUUAUCCAUUCUUCGUUGUGUUUUAUACAGAGAUGUCAAUGUGAACAUUUUCAUGAAUGUUGUUGAGGAAAAAAAAAAAAACCGCUGGCUGUACAAUUCAAGGAAGGAAAAAAAAGUGUCCUUCAUACCCACAGAGGGCUGCAUCUUGGCUUCUUGAAUCAUUUACAUACAAGGACACACACUAAAUAAAUGACAAUACACUCAGGCUGCACCUA